CUGGUGCAGCGGGGCAUGGAGUUGAGAGGCUCUGAUCAUGUGAAGUGGAGGGCAGAGGUGGAUUCAUGAAUCCCUACAUGGGUCGAGAGGGUCCUGCCCUCCAUUUCCGGUCCCCAGGGCCUCCCUUCAAGUCAUGGUCAGGCCCUGAGGCUGAACACAUCUAUGGAGCAGCCAUGGAGCACUCAGCUCGGAUGAGGGGCUCGCGUUGGAAGUCAGAUACACCUGGUGCUGCUCUUGUGCAUCCACCUGCUCACCCUCCCACUUACCCAUCUGACUCUUUAGCCCACCCACACUUUCAUGAGCCAUUCAUUCAUCUACUCAUCUGCCUUCCCACCCACUUAUCCACCUACUACCCAUUCAUCCAUCCAUCCAUCUACUCAUCUGCCUACCCACCCACUUAUCCACCUACUACCCAUUCAUCCAUCCAUCCAUCCAUCUAUCCAUGCAUCCAUUCACCCGUCAGUUCAGCCACCCUUCAAUCCUAUCCAUCCAUCAGUUCGACUAUCCAUCCACCUAUCCAUCAUCCAUCCACCAAUCUAUCCACCCAUCUAUCCAUCCAUUUAUCUAUCCACCCACACAUCCACCCACCCACCCAUCCAUCAUCCAUCCAUUUACCCACCCACCCACCUAUACAUCCAUCCAUCCACCCACACACCCAUUCCAUCCAUCUAUCUGUGAGGUUAUCCACCUACCCAUCCAUUCAUCCAUCUACCCAUUCACUCACUCACCCAUCCAUCCAUCCAUCCGUCUAUUCAUCAUCUAUCUGUCCAUCUAUCAACCAGUCCAUCUACCCAUCCAUUUAUCCAUCUACCCUUCCAUCUAUCUCAUCCACCCACCCCAUCAUCUAAGCACCCACACAUCCUUCUAUCCAUUUAUAUAUUCAUCCACUCACCACCCACCCACCCAUCUAUCCAUCUAUCCAUCCAUCAAUCUCUCCACUCACCCAUCCAACCAUCCACCCACCCACCCAACUCACCCAUCCAUCCACCCACCCAUCCAUUCAUCCGUCCAUCAACCCACCCACCCAUCCAUCCAUCCAUCCAUUCAUCCACCCAUCCAUCCAUCCAUCCACCCACCCACCCAUCGAUCCACCCACCCAUCCAUCCACCCAUCCAUCCAUCCAUCCAUCCACCUACCUACCCAUCCAUCCAUCCACCUACCCAUCCAUCCAUCCACCCACCCAUCCAUACAUCCAUCUACCCAUCUAUACAUCCACACGUCCACCCAUCCGUACAUCCACCCAUCCAUACAUCCAUCCAUCCAUUCAUCCACCCAUCUAUCCAUCCACCCACCCACCCAUCGAUCCACCCACCCAUCCAUCCACCCAUCCAUCCAUCCAUCCAUCCACCUACCUACCCAUCUAUCCAUCCACCUACCCAUCCAUCCAUCCACCCACCCAUCCAUACAUCCAUCUACCCAUCUAUACAUCCACACGUCCACCCAUCCGUACAUCCACCCAUCCAUACAUCCAUCCAUCCAUUCAUCCACCCAUCUAUCUACCCACCCAUCCACCCACCCAUCCAUCCAUUCAUCCAUCUACCCAUCCAUCCAUCCACCCACCCAUCUACCCAUCCAUCCAUCCACCCAUCCAUCCAUCUGUCCAUCCAUCCACCCACCCAUCUACCCAUCCAUCCAUCCAUCCAUCCAUCCAUCCAUCCAUCCGUCCAUCCAUCCAUCUACCCACCUAUCCAUCCAUCCACCUAUGCAUCCAUCCAUCCAUCCAUCCAUCCACCCAUCCAUCCAUCCACCCACCCACCCAUCCAUCCAUCCAACCAUCCAUCCAUCCCCCUAUGCAUCCACCCAUCCAUCCAUCCACCCAUCUAUCUGUCCAUCUACCCAUCCAUCUAUCUAUCCAUCCAUCCAUCCACCCACCCACCCAUCCCUCCAUACAUACAUACAUACAUACAUACAUCUACUCAUCUACCCAUUGAUCCAUCCAUCUAUCCACCUACCCAUCCAUCCAUUCCAUCUGCCUAUCCAUCUGUCCAUCCAUCUAUCCGCGCAUCCAUCCAUCUACUUAUCUACCCAUUGAUCCAUCCAUCUACACACCCAUCCAUCCAUCCACCCAUCCAUCCAUCCAUCCAUUCAUCUACCUAUCCAUCCAUCCAUCCAUCCAUCCACCCAUCCAUCCAUCCAUCCAUCCAUCCACCCACCCAUCCAUCGAUCCACCCACCCAU